GGCGACGUUUAACUGCGGCACCAAAUGCGUAUUUAUAUAAAAAUGUUGUGAGCCGAGAAGGUGGUAAAGACUUCCGACGCUGCUCGGCGAGUGUCCCGUUGUGACCUAGUUGAAAACCUCCGAGCGACCGCCAGAGGCACCGGCAACAGUCACCAACGCCGUGCGCAUUUGGUACGAACGUGGGCAAAACACCGACGGCGUCGACAAAAGUUCUGCGCGCUGCUGGUGCUGCUACAUGUCCAGGCUUACACAGCUGAUAAAACUACUAUCCUUACUCCGUAUAGCUCCCUACUAAUUUGCUAUCGCAAUUCAUGCUUCGCCUUUCGGGUGAAACUGCGACAUUUUUGAUUAGUUGCCUUUAAUUUUGGUAGUUUCCUUUAUUAAAACACAAUAAUGACAUCAUCCGCAUAUCUGACUGUUCAGUCAUGCUGCCUAUUUUAUGCUCUGCUUCAUUUCAUUGAUUAAGCUUUAGAGGGAUGCGAAAGAGAAACGCCAGAUCAGUUAAGAUGCUUAAAGUAUUCUUUCUAAACUUGGGGGGUUGAUUACUAGAAGAGAAAAUGAAGGCCAGUUGUAUUUUCUUUUUAUUUCGCAGCAAAAUCUCAUCACCGGUAUGCUGGAUGUCCCAUAUCUCAAAGGUAUUUCUCGUACUUGCAUUGGUUGUGCCGCAGUAAAAGUUCUUAAAACUUGCAAAGUUCUCUGUCUUUGGUCACUUUUGAGCACAGUGUAGUUGACUUCUGCUGAUAACUUGCUUCGAGCAGAUAACCUUGAAAUCCAUGACAUCAUGGUGCGCUGGUGCGGUAACUUCAAGGUGGCAUUACGACCUGUGAUUUGUUUUCGUGUCUAUUCUGGCUUUUACCAAGCCUUCUCUCAUGGUGAGAGUGGCUUUUCAUGGUAUUGCAGAACCAUAAUUUACUUAUGCAGCCAAUCCUAUAUUUUCUCUUUAGUGUACCUUUAGAAAAGUUCUGACAUACCUAUUUUUGGCCAAAGCCACUAUGCUGGCGUAGUGGCUUUGGCAUUGUGCUGCUAAGCCCAAAGGUGCAGAAUCCCAGCCCUGAUGAUGACAUUUUGAUGGGGGCAAAAUGCAGUAAAGCCUGUGUGUCAUGCGAUGGCCGCACGUUAAAGAAGCCCCAGUGUUCCAAAUUAAUCCGGAGCCUCCCCCCACUACGGUGUGCCUCAUAAUCGUGUCGUGGUUUUGGCACAGUAAAACCCCACAAUUUAAUAGAUAAUAUUUUCAACUAUUCACGUUUUGUGUUAAUGAACAUCCUAGACCUCUAAAUCACAGAAAAAAUGCUGGCACACCUCAGAGCGGCCUGCGAGAUCAAUAAAUAAAUGAAUAAAUUAAUCAAUCAAUCAAUCAAUCUGUUUAUUUCCGUCUUUCGUGUACACGAUACAACGAAAAUAGAUGGCAAGAGAAAAAACUGCUUUAUCGCAGCUUGGCUGAGCUCUUUCCACCCGUACAGCAGCAAAUAUGCAUGCAAGAUGUGUACGAGGUGCUUAGAUGAGAUUCGUUAGGCCACUGGGCAGCGUCUCAGUGAGCUUAAAGAACUUGUGUUAUGCAGAUCUCAUUCGCAUUCAUAUAUUCAUGGCGCCACCAGGAGUCGACUGCGACUCGACGGUACACAACCACAACAACGCCGUUAAAGUAUAUUGAAUAACUAAUGCAUUUUUGCCUGCACCAUUCCUCCUUAGUGCGUAUGCAUGAUAGUUUUAGGUUAUCAUCAUUGUAAUUUCUGUGUGAGUGAGUUCAUCCUGGCCAUUUGUGAUGUGCGAAAGUUCCGGUACAGUGAUGUGAGCGCACUCUUGGUGAGCAUGGCGUGCUUUUUGCUUUUACAGCUUGCAAGCUGCGGUGCAAGUUGGCUCGAAAAAGUGGACAAUGCAUGUUCUGCGCAUAGUGUUUGCAGUAGCCCAUUUUGUUUGUCAACUUUGUGGCUGUGCUCGUGCUUCAAGACUUCACCUCCCUGUGGACAUUGUGAUCUGCUGUACGAACAUUGUGGAGUGACAGCUUUGCCACACUGCAGGAGAACCUCUUAACCGAGUUCAACCUUUCAAGCAAAUGUUUCUUGUGUUUUGUGAUGCGACCAAGUUUUGUAGGCCUGCGAGUGUUCAUAUACUAGUAUUUCUAAUCUCUUUGAUGUGUCUGUGUUGGGUAAUGAGUACUACACUUCGUUUCAUACUAAGCAGGCAAUGUUGUGAAAGCUAUAAAAAUAUGGCGAAUCCUUCUGAGAAGCUCAUAUUGAGAAGCUGAUAUUGGUUUUCUUGUAGCUUUGGCUACUUCCAGCAGAUAAGAAAUUUUCCCUUUCAUGGAAGUGGUACGUUCAUAGAAGGCUCACUCUGUGCAUUUUGCAGUGCAGUUGCAUUUGUAUUUGAUCUGCGAUUUUUUCUACAGCAUAACAUCAUCACACAUUACAACUGCACUUCAAAACAUUGCUGUGUGUAGCUUUUUGGACAUGCCUGAGUAUUUGAUGGGUAGUAUGUGCUUCCUGCACAGACAAUAUAGGAACGUUUUUUUUUCUUUUUCUUUCUUUCUUUUCUUUUUUUCUUUUUUUAUGCUGUGGGCUUGAGGUAGCACUUGGCAACUGCAGCCAUUCAUAAUUAGUUUUACACCUUGUGCCCAGUCUUCUUUUAGAGGUUCCAUAGGGCAGUGUGCUUGCCUGCGAAUUGUUCAUUGUGAUGUUUGUGAUUUGUUUUUUUUUUCUUACUGUGUUGCACUUAUAUAGACAGUUACUAGAAUUCUUUUAUAUUGUGCCUCUUAAACUACAGCAUAUGCACUGAUGGUUUUUAUUCUGAACAAAGAAAAAAAAACGAAGAUUUUGUGCUUAUGGCCACUCUACCUUGUUCUUGCUCAGAUUUCGCACCAAAAUUGCAUUUCUUGGCCUGCAUCACUCAGUAAUAUAGUUAGCAUUCUUGUUUGCCUGGCUUGUCCUGAUGUUUAAGUAAGGAAAUCAGUCUUAGUCAUUUUAUCAGCUUUUUCAGUUCACAUGCAACGGUCACUUUUAAAUGUUUUGCUUGACGAACCAGGGAAGCAGCGAUAACGAGGGCUUGGAAUUGAAUGAUGAGAAGGAAAAAAAAAAGUGAUUGUGUGGCAAAAUCUGAGCAAUAACAAAAUCUCAGUAAGUGCAGAACCUUCUUUUGUAAGGUGGUCAGAAUAAAAAUGUUGGUCACUGCAUGUUUACGCAAGCGUCAUGCAUGCUGAACACACCUGUACUUGUGGACAACUUUCCAUGGUAAUGAAAACAGAAGCUGUGGGGUAGGAGUUCCUGCACACAAGUCGGAUUACCAUCACCCUAAAACAAAAUCUUGCACCCUUCGGGGCCUAUGUUGUCCCUAAAUAAUCGUCAUCCUGUCUGCCUUUCCUUUCAGCCUUUCAUAAAUUUAACAAAAACAAACAACAGAACAGAACAAAAGAAGGCAAUGAAUUGCGAUCCACUGCAUUUCAGCCUUGUUAUAAUGAAAUUGCUUCUCACACGGAAAUAAUCUUUUAUUGUUCCAGACAUGUAAUACAUCACAUGGCUGAGGAGAUGGUAAAAAAAAGCCACUGCAUUAUGGCUUGACAAAGCUCCCAUCUCGCGCAGGUACAUCAAGCAGUUGCAUGCCAACGGAUGAUCAAUUCGUCAAGAAUAUUGCAAACAGUACUUUCAACGAAUACUAUAACAUAACUGAAAUCUAAAACUAUACAUUACCACUACAACUAUUGGAACUGCAGAAAGAAAUCACAAAAAUAUUUUCUUAAGGGUUUUAUAAGAGAUGUUCUUGAUAGACAAAUAAUUUAAAUUAUAUCUUUGUUUUAUCUGAUAUUUGUUAAAAGUAAUGUUGAUAGGGUAAAAAAAAGCUAGUGAAUUUUAGAUUUUCUUUAUUAUAGCUGAUAAUUCGUUGUAUUUGUGUUCCUUAUAUUGAGGUUCUACUGCAGACAAUUUUCUUUCACUUCUAGCUCUCUUGAGCCAGAUUGUUACAAGCUUUAAUGUUCCAUGUCAUUUCGCUCCUCUGCCUUGCAACCAGUCGUUUUAAUGAGCUUGCAGCAUUGCGAAACCAACACACAGCGAAGCUAAGAAAAGCACAGAGGGAAUUAAAUCUGAAAAAACUGGAUUGUAGUAAGAAUUUUUAAUGAGGAUUAAAUUUGCGAUUAGCUUUUUGAUGCUUAAUAAAAGAAAUGAAAGCGACAGAAAAAAAAAUGUAAGCCCCAUUCCACUCUGUGAAGUGGAUUACCAGUGAAGCUGUAUAUUGGUGCGGCCUCGUGAGUAUCACUUCGUAUGUAAUACAGAGUUUGACACACUAUGUUUUUGUGCAUGUUUAUUUAGCCAUAGUAGGUUUCACUCACAAACACACAUGCACAUGUGCUAAAGCUAGCUCGGGGAGUGUUUGCUUUUUAUUAAGAAUAAGAAGCUUAUCACAAGUUUGGCUGUCACAUUAUAUUACUUCUACUGUUCAAUCUAAAGAAAAAAAGUUAUUUCCCCCUCUUUUUUAUUUUGCUUCAUUGUCUUCUGGCUUUGUAUGGUUGUUAUGAAAUGAAGUUAUGGUUAUGAAAAUGAAGAAGACGUGCCACAUGUUCUGCAGAUGAUGCACAUCUUCUUCAUCACAGUUACAAAGUAUUGAGCCCCACGGUUUUAUAUAUUUCUUGAUUCAUUGAUUUCUAAUUUCUUUACAGACCUCGUAUGAGACAUUGGAUUCUCAUUCCUAACUGGCCUGCAAACACCAAAAUUUGUAAUUUAAUCUUGAAUAAUGAGAGAGAGAAUGAACUUUAUUGAGCAAACCCCGAUUCAGGUUCACCUGCUUUGUAUUAGUUGUCUGCCAAGCUGAGCUGUGUGAUCAGCUCAGUCGUGGCUUGUAUGUAUUUGGGGGAGGAGUCUGUUAGCCACUUCUCAAGUGUUGUAAGCCGACGGGUCGGGUGGUUAGGCGGGAGAAAGUGAAAGCUGUUUGGCAGCGCUCUUUUGGUUGGACGCCAAGUCAUUACUGGAAUGGCUUCAAUUGUGAAGGGAGCCGAAGAGAUGCUGCGAUAUUCCUACCUGAUAUUGAUUUGGGUGGGCAUGCGGCUUCAUACAGAAUGCAAAUAGCAAUGAAUAUAUUUUUUUCUAAGCACCGUGCUAAUGACAAUAAUGAGAGCCUGUGUUAUGUACAAACGGCAGUCGAAUUUAAGACCACACACGUGGGAGUACCGUCACACACACAUGCUUCUGUCUGGUACCUUUGAAAGCGCUUCCAUGAAAAGUUGUUCACAAAUUCAGGAGCGAGCAAGAAUACUCUAUCAACCAAUCUUUUGUGAGAAACAAGCAUUUAGUAUGAAGUUACCUCUAUUGUCAACUAUAUUGUUGCUUUGUUUGCCUUUAUGGCAGUUGUUGCUACAUGAUUCUCUUUACAAGAUUACCUGUGCCACUAACCUAAUUGUACAGCUUUGAGUAUCUGGCUGGUUUUCUAUAUGGCCUAAAGGGAACUGGGUGUAGUACCUUGGAACCUGUUCUUUAACAUUACAUGCAAAAACUUACGCGUAAAAUCUUUUCUAUGUAGCUGACAAGGACCAGUUUAUGCAGAGGCCUCUCUUAUUUCUAAUGCAUUUAUUGCAGAUGGCAGCGAGCUUCAGUCCCUGAAGGAAAUGACCUUCAACCUACCGUCGUCACGUCACACGACCACCUACAUACGCAGCCGCAUGGCCACAACGGCAGUCCGCGCACCUGAGACGUUGAGGCGCAUCAACAGCCCCUUCAGGCGCGAGCUCCAGCGCAUCAGGUCGGCGGCUCGCUACAGCCCCGCGCCGGUGUCAUCCAGCGGAGGAGUGGUCGUGCCGGAGCGUGCCAUGGCUGCGUCCGUGUUGAAGCCUUUCCAUUGCCACCUGUGCCCAAAGAGGUUUGCCCGCAAGCACGUGCUCGAGAACCACAUCCGGACGCACACAGGCGAGCGGCCAUUCAAAUGUCCAUCCUGUCUGAAGGACUUUGCGCGCAAGGACUACCUCAACUACCACGUGCGGACGUGCCGAUCAGUUGAUCUGGAGCACAUAGAAUGGUCACAGAGUACUAGCCAUGAGGGAUACAUUGGCCGUGGGGAUUUGCCACCUUCUCUCUCAGCAUGGCAGCAGCAGGUUCUGGCAGCCUCUUCAACAGACCCUUGGGGCACCAGUGGCACUGGCUAUGGCUCUGGCUUCGACCCUGUGCUGCCACCGACUGCCGACAGUGGCUCACAUGAGCCUCAGGACAGUGGGUCCAAAGCGGGCCGCCUGCAGUGCCAGUACUGCUCGAAGCGGUUUGCUUUCCGCAGCCAACUGGUCCCGCACCAGCGAAUUCACACGGGCGAAAAGCCUUUCAAGUGCCCCUACUGCGGCAAGUGCUUUGCCUGGAAGCACAGCAUGGGGCUGCACAUGCGGAUUCACAUGGACUCGAUGCGAGCACCCGUGCGGGGAGUGCCCAUGCGUGCGUCCGUCGCACAGCCCUGGAGGUUCCCGCCAGCAUUUUCUCAGCUGGUGACGCAAGCGCAGCAUUCGAACAUUCUACGAGCUCGAGUGGUUGACGAACCGACAUCUGAGACAUUGCACCAAGAAGGGCAGAUGCUGCGGGGGCUGCUGGCGUCCGAGACAUCGUACCCUGAUCAGCAGCAGACUUCAGGAGGAGGGGGAGGUCUGGACGAACUGCCGCCACUGCCAGAGUCCGAGGGACCACAGGCGCAGCAGCCCCUACAAGCGGAACCACGGCGGUCGGAUGAGCUUCCAAAUGACCGGGCGGGGGGCAAGCCUCCGGUCGGCUGGUACCGGGUGCCCGGCGAUGGUCGGCCCAUGUACGAGUGCCAUUUCUGCCAGCGCAAGUUCGGCUGGAAGAGCAACCUGAUGGACCACCUGCGCACGCACACGGGAGAGAAGCCCUUCAAGUGCAGCAUGUGCCCCAUGGCGUUUGCACUCAGCUCCACCAUGGUCAAACACCUGCGCACCCACACGGGGGAGAAGCCAUUCAAGUGCUCGCUGUGCCCCAAGCGGUUUGCCCGCCAGGACCACCGGGCCCUGCACAUGAAGACACACAGGGUGGAAACUGAGCCUUAG